ACCAUCUCCAGCUUCCGGUUCCGGUUUUCAAGCUUAACGGGCCUCCGUCGCUAUGGAGGAACCGGAGAUGCAGCUCAAGGGGAAGAAAGUCACAGACAAGUUCACCGAGAGCGUCUACGUCCUGGCCAAUGAGCCGUCUGUGGCCCUCUACCGGCUCCAGGAGCAUGUGCGCCGCUCUCUGCCAGAACUGGCCCAGCACAAGGCCGACAUGCAACGGUGGGAGGAGCAGAGCCAGGGAGCCAUCUACACAGUGGAGUACGCCUGUAGUGCCGUGAAGAACCUUGUCGACAGCAGCGUCUACUUCCGCAGUGUGGAGGGUCUCCUCAAACAGGCCAUCAGCAUCCGGGACCACAUGAAUGCCACCCAGGGCCACAGCCCCGAGGAGUUGCCCUCACCCUCCUCGGCCUGAUCCCAGAAGAGACUUGGAGGUGCUUUGGCCCCUCCAACCAGGCCGGACUGGACCUUUUCUACAGCUGAGGUGGACAUUCGUGUACUUGCUUGCCUGGCCGGAUUCUGCCUCAAGCAGAAACACCCACCCGGCGUAGGCCAGAUGGAGAAGUCACCCUGGGACCCUGAAUCCAGCUGUACCUGACCGUGUCCAGCUGUACCCUCAAUUACUGUAUUUGCCAAAAUUGCUUUGAGUCUUUCUGCUGACUGCAGAAGAGCCUAUACUGAUCUCUUCCAAUUCUAGGCUUAGGAGGUCAUGACCCAUAGUCUGUCCACCUCCGAGGCCAGCUGUGUCAACACUGUGUCCAGCAAAAUGUAUCAGGGAGAUACAUCAGGCCCGCUGCUCUGGGAGGACCCUCCACAUUCCCCUUGGCACUGUGGGUGGUUGGGAGAGAAGGGUGGCAAGGGCCAGGGGCAACCUAGGGGAGAAACAGGGUCCCAGUGUGGUGUCAGGGCUGUGGAGGAGCCUGAGGGCCUGGGAGGGUUUAAGGACACAGGAGGUGUCAAGGAAGUACCACCUCCCACUGCCAGGAAAUGGGAGUCAGGCCCUAGAGUGUAUUAGGGGGCCUCCAUGCUGCUAUUCUGCCUCCCCACCACCCCAGCUCAGUUUGAGGGGAAGGAGGGACCUCAGGUCCAACCCAUUGAGGCCCUGACUAGUGUGUGGUCCCCACAGCAUCACUCUUCUUGCCUGCUCUGAAAGUACCUGUAAUUGUCUGUCCCUCCUACCUGUCCGCCAUGCAAUCAUUUGUCCAGCAAA